AUGUUGAGACAUGAUCAGAUUGUUAAUCGGUCUUUGAGCCCUGAUCAAAUCAUGCCACUGCUGUUUCCAUCUUCUCCUCAGAAUAACAAGCAUCCGACCUCACAACCAUCAUCUGGUCAACAUGGGUUAUUGGAAGUUGUCGAACAUAUUAUCAGAUACGUUUCGACAAUCAAGUCAAACGAAGAGUUUAUUGAUAAUCUGAUCGAUUAUCAAACCCAAGUUGGUGAUAAAAUGAAAAUUCUCCGAUUUUUGAAGAGCUGCUUUCAAAUCACCAAUACAAUCAUUCAACGAGAAAUGGCUCGAUUACAAACUUCAUCGGAUAUCGCCAAGAAAUCAUUUAUAUCAUCAAUAUUUACAGCAGAAGAACUAGAAGGAGCACAAUUGAAGAUUAACAACCUUCUCGAUGUCAUCGAACAAAGAAUGCUCGCAUUAAAAACACGACCCCCACCUCCAACCAUGCCUUUUCUUAGCUUUUAA